AUGAUGGUGGUGACCUUGAUGGACCACCACUGGUUGGGUCACAUACUGAACUCGGCUGGUUUCGAUGACGUCCUGAUGAUGAUGAUGGUGGUGAUGAUAGUGAUCACUGUCAUGUCGAUGAUGAUGUUUUGGGCUGAGAAUCACUAUGAAAGCAUGUAUUAUUCCCGGUAUGAAGAACAGCAAAGUCAGCAAGCAGUUCAACCAAAACUCUCGACGGCAGCCGCGAUCGAAGAGUACAGCAAGGGGCUGAAAUGA